UUCUUUUUUCUCAAUUUUUUUUCAUCAGGAAUUGAAGUGCUCCCAGUUUCUCUCUAAGACCAAGGUACAUCAUCUCUUUUCUCUCAAAUUGACUGAUAAAAUGAAAUUGGGUCAGAGGUUACUGCAUACAAUAACAGAAAUCUCCAACUAUUCCUCCGGUUCAGGAGGUAGAGUAGUAACUCAACUUGAGCAUUUUGUGAGGGAUUAGUGUAAAUCUGGUAAAAUUAAGAAUCUUGAUGAUGGUUAGAGAUACUUGGAUAAGUUAAUUUUAGAAAGGCCAUUACUAUCUAAUGAUACAUUUAAUCAUGUGUUAAGAUCUUUAUCCAAAAUCAAGUGUUAUUCAGAUGUGAUUAUGUUGUAUAAAAAGAUGAAUUUGGUUGGAGUACAACCUAAUUUGCAUACAUUGAGCAUUUUGAUUAAUUGCUGUUGUCAAUUAGGAAAGGUUGAUCAUGGGUUUUGUUUGCUUGGAGAAAUUAUAAAGAGAGGUUAUCAUCCUGAUACUGUCACUUUUACUACACUCAUUAAAGGGUUGUGUCUUCAAGAAAAGAUUGAUUUUGCAUUAGAAGUGUUUGCUAAAAUGACUGAGAUGGGUAAUCAACCUAAUGCCUUUACAUGUAAUACUCUUAUACACGGGCUGGUCAAGUGGGUCGUUCUCUUCAGCUGAAAAACAAUAUGCUGUAAUGGAACUGCAGACCUAGUGUUGUUACAUAUUGUGUGAUCAUAGAUGCACUUUGUAAAGGAGGAUUAAUUGAUGAAGCUUUAAUUCUCUUCACGGAAAUGCUUAGAGAUUUGAAUGUUGUACCCAACGUAGUUGUUUGCACUUCUUUGAUCAACGGACUUUGCAAUUCAGGCCGGUUGAAUGAGGCGAAGAGACUCCUUAAAGAUAUGGAUAGUAGAGGAAUCUCAGCGAAUGUAACGACUUAUAGUUGUAUGAUUUAUGGUCAUUGCCUACAUGAUCAACAGGAAGAAGCAAGAAGAUAUUUUGACGAAAUGAUGGAUCGAGGGAUUUUUCCAGAUACAGUCACCUUCAAUGUAUUAAUAGAUUCACAUUGUAAAGAUGGGAUGACGGAAGAUGCUUGGGGGUUGUUUGAAUUGAUGGAUAAGAUAAAUAUAAAGCGAAAUCAGAUAACUUAUAAUUCAAUGAUGGAUGGUCUGAUGGUGGAUAGGGGCCUUGAGCCAAAUCAGCUCAACUACAAUGUGUUAAUCUGUGGGUAUUGCAAGAACUGUAAGUUGGAUGAAGCUGUGCAACUAUUCAAGAGGAUGAAACAAAAUGGAUUAGAACCCACAAUAGUGAGUUACAAUACUCUAUUAAUGGGACUACACAGGAAUGGAAGAGUUCGGACUGCACAGAAUCUGUUGAAUGAGAUGCAAACUUUUGAUCUAUCUCCAGAUGAAGUUACAUAUAACACAAUAUUGGAUGGACUGUGCAAGAAUGGAAAAAUGGAAGAGGCGAUAGAAAUUUUUGAAUCCAUGGAGGAAAAUCUAGUUACCACUCCCGCAUACAGUAUUCUUAUCCGCAGUUCAUUCCAGGCUGGCAAGUUGGAAGAUGCCAAAAAAUUGUUUAAUGAAAUACCUAAAAAAGGAUUAGUACCUGAUGUAGUAACAUAUACCACAGUGAUAGAUGGCCUCUUUCGUAACAAGAUGUUACCAGAGGCUAACGCAUUAAUCAUCAAAAUGGAAGAGAAGGGCUGUUUACAAGAUGCCAGAGCAUAUGAUACCAUCAUCCGUGGAUUUCUUAUAGCAAAAGAGACUGCCAAGGCAUUGCGAUUUCUUAGCAAGAUGCUUGAAAGAAAACUUCCACCAGGUGAUUCUGUUGUUAUUUGGUUAUUAAACACUCUCUCAGUAGAUGAGUUUAGAAAUCUCUAG